AUGAAUCAUCUUGUUUCUCGCGCUGUUUGGGCCGACGAACGGCUGUAUGACGGUGCCACCGUUUUAACGCUGAUUGUCGGCACAUGUCUUGUGCUGAUAAUGUGUUUCGGGCUGGCAUACCUGUACUCGGGACUCGCCAGAAGAAAGUCUGCCUUACAUAUGAUAUUUAUAACGUUUGCGGCCAUUUGCAUCUCCCAGUUCCAGUGGUAUUUCUGGGGAUACUCCUUAGCUUUCUCCAGCACGGCUUCCAACAAGUUCAUUGGCAAUCUACACAACUUUGGGUACCAAAACCUCGGAACUCUGACCCAACUAAGUGACCGAGACGGAUAUCCAGAAAUGGCCUUUGCCAACUUCCAAGGAAUGUUCUCCACCAUCACCGUUUGCAUCUUGCUCGGAGCAGUGUGCGAAAGGGGACGGGUGCUACCUGCCAUGGUGUUCUCUUUCCUGUGGCUGACCUUGGUCUACUGCCCUGUCGCAUAUUGGGUUUGGGGUCCAGACGGCUGGGCCCAUAACUGGGGGGUUCUUGAUUACGCUGGGGGUGGCCCUGUCGAGAUCCUGUCUGGUUUUGGAGGCUUUGUUGUUUCUUAUUUUCUCGGAGAGCGCAGUCAGCAUCUGAUGGUCAACUUCAGACCUCACAACGUUUCGCUAAUUACCAUCGGAACAGCAAUGUUGUGGUUUGGGUGGCUCGGUUUCAACGGCCUCACCUGUGUUGAGCCAUCGUACAAGUCCAUUUAUGCCAUCAUGAACUCGAACCUGUGUGCUGCGUUUGGUGGAAUUACUUGGUGUUUGCUCGAUUUCCGCAUUAACCACCAUUUCUCCGCUGUUGGUCUGUGCUCCGGAAUAAUUUCCGGACUGGUGGCUGCUACGCCAACGUCGGGUUGCAUUCCGCUAUGGGCCUCGGUCAUCUUGGGAAUAGUGACCGGACUGGUGUGUAACUACGCCACCAAGAUCAAAGUUUGGAUGCGGGUCGACGAUAGUUUGGAUGUUAUGGCAGAGCACGGAAUGGCUGGUGUUCUGGGACUGAUUGUCGGAAACGCCUUCUUUGCCUCAUCAGAGGUGCUUGGCUACGACGGCUACACAGACCACCCGGGCGGAUGGUACAAUCGCAACUGGAAACAGAUGUAUAAACAGAUUGCCUAUGUCGGGGCAGUUGGAGGCUGGUGCGUGGUGGUCACGGGUAUCAUCUGCAUCGUGAUCAACCGGAUUCCGGGCCUCAACAUGCGUGCGAGCGAGGAGGGCGAGCAAAACGGAAUGGACGAGAACCAAAUCGGCGAAUUUGCAUACGAUUACGUCGAGGUGAGACGUAAUUUCUUCGACCUCCACACCAUGUCGCCAACAAACGAUCAACUAGAACGUUUCAACAAGGUGGAGCAGAUCGACCAGGCCGACCAGGAGCCUAUUGAACUGGGAGCCACCGACGAAACCGUCAAGGAGAAAGAUACAUAG